UGAAAAUUAUUUCGUAGUUGACAGGUCAAUAGAAAGAGAGCGAGAGCGAGAGGGAGGAAGAGAAUUAGUUUCUUCUUCUCCUCUAUCAGUAAUCUAUAAGCAAUCAAAGAUGAACUCAAAUUCAUGGUUUUACCAAACUUGAUUCACCUUUCAUGUGACAUUUUUACCCUCCUCCCAAUUCCUUCUGAAUUUCAAUGGCUGAUCACUCAGACACCUCUCCUCUUGUGCCUCCAAUUCCUCUCUCUGACCCUUCCGAGAUCGACCUCGAAGCAGGUCCUUCCGAACAAAUUCAGUGCCGGAUUUGUCUCGAAACUGAUGGUAGGGAUUUCAUAGCUCCUUGUAAGUGCAAAGGUACUUCAAAAUAUGUUCAUCGAGAUUGUUUGGAUCACUGGCGAUCUGUCAAGGAAGGGUUUGCAUUUGCUCACUGCACUACCUGCAAGGCUCCAUAUCAUUUGCGUGUUCAUGUUGCUGCUGAUAGGAAAUGGAGAACCAUGAAAUUUCGUUUUUUCGUCACCAGAGAUAUUUUGUUUAUUUUUAUGGCUGUCCAGCUUAUUAUUACCUCACUGGCAUAUUUGGUUUAUCUAAUAGAUGGUUACCAGAAAAGUUGGCUUCGUAUUCUCUGGCAUUUUGACAGUGAACUGAGCUUCUAUUACAUAUGUGGAGCUCUAUUGUUUUUUGCCUUGCUUGGCCUCUCCGGGUGCUUCAUUACUUGUUACGAUCGAAGAGUUCGCAAUGAUUUGGCGCAACCUUGCAGAGAAUUAUGUCUUUGUUGCUGUCAACCUGGGAAGAAUGCUGUUACAUGUUAUGAGAAGUUUCUCAUUGUUGGUGGCAAGCCUGAAAUUCAGAAUCUCUUCAUCUUGCCAGGCACUCUUUGUAUGUGGACUGAUUGCACCGCAUGCUUUGAGAGUUGUGGAACCAUGGCAACAGAAUGUGGUGGUUGUUUGGGAGGUGCUGGGGAAGCAGGGCUACCAUUAUUGUUCAUAAUGGCUUUGAUUGUUCUGGGACUUUUUACAGUAAUUGGUAUAUUUUACAGUGUAUUGGUGGCAACUAUGGUGGGCCAACGGAUAUGGCAACGUCACUAUCACAUACUUGCAAAAAGGAUGUUAACAAAGGAGUAUGUGGUUGAAGAUGUAGAUGGAGAGAUGACUGGGUCUGAUUGGUCUCCCCCCUCCCUCCCACCUGAGCAUGUUCAACAAUUGAAAACAUUGGGCCUCUUAUGAGUUUUGAAUGAGUCAUCAGUCAUCUAUUUUAUGACCAGAAUGACAGUAGAAAUAUACUGGCCCUCCCUUUGUUUUGGUAAGCCAGUCCUUUCCGUGAAGAUCUGCAGGGGAUUGAUAACUGUUCAAUAACCGCUCAAAUCAGUUAGAUUACAGUUGUACACUUGUGUUGAAUUGCUGAUAUGUGCAAAUUUGUGAAUUUCUGAUCUGUCUACUAAUGUAAAGAAAAUGGUAGAGGGUCUCUGAAUGCCUAAUAACCCAUUACAGGUAUGUAUAGCAUGCCACUUACUCCCUGAUAUGUUAGUGUUGUUUACUUGUUUCUCUUCACUGUCUGUUGUAUGUUUGAAACUUUGAUUCUCUUGCUAGUCAAAGUAUUGUAACGACAAAAUUGCAGCCGUAUACAAUAAUCCCCUUAUUUUGAGCAAA